AUGGAUGUUGUCAAAAUCCUCUCAACUGAUACAAUCAAGGCAUUAAAAUUCAGUGAUAAAGAAAUCGAUUUGACUCCAUGGGAUCUCCAGUAUUUUUCUGGUACACCCAACAAAAAAGGCCUUCUUUAUCACCACCCAGUAGUAUCAAACCAAAUUCAACAGUUAAAACACUCUUUAUCAUCUGCACUUGAAUUUUUUCAACCUCUUGCAGGUCGUCUCAAAAUAACGGACCACAAAGACGAUAUUAUCUCGUGUUCCGUUAUUUGCAACAAUGCAGGUGUGCUCUUUACUCAUGCAUCUGUAGAAAAUACUUGUGUUGCAGAUAUCUUAAAACCUACCUACGUUCCUUCAAUCAUCGGUUCAUUUUUCCCUUUCGUCGGGGUUAAGAACUAUGAAGGAACGUCACAGCCGUUGUUGGCUGUUCAAGUCACGGAGCUAGUCGAUGGCAUCUUCAUUGGUUGCACAUUUAACCAUGUGGUUGUUGAUGGAAAUUCCAUCUGGCAUUUCAUUAAUUCAUGGGCUGAAAUUUCACGUGGUUCUUGUCAUCAUCAAAUAUCGAAACUUCCAAUAUUGGAUCGUUGGUUUCCAGAUGGUGUUCAACGUCCCAUACAAUUUCCUUUUACGAUAGAGCCACACAAAAAUCACUCUGAUGGGGCGAGUUCUUCACCAUUUGAUGAAGAACCCAAUCUAUCAGAGAGAAUAUUUCAUUUCUCAAAGGAGAAAAUCUUGCAAAUGAAAUCAAAUAUCAAUAAACAAAUUGAUAAUACUAUCAAAAUAUCUUCCUUACAAGCGAUUUUAACUCAUGUUUGGUGCUCUUUCGUUCGUUCCAAACAAUUUGAUCCACAAGAAGAAACCCAUAACAUAUGUUUGAUAGGGGUUGGACCACGAAUUGUUCCACCAUUGCCAGAAGGUUAUUUUGGAAAUGCAAUUAUAGGUUGUAUAACUACAAUGAAAGCCGGAGAUUUGUUGAAGGAAGAUGGUGUAUGCAACGGCGUGAGUGAGAUGAACAAGUUAAUUGCUUCACACUCUAAUGAGAAGAUAAAAAAUCACUACAAAUCUUGGUUGAAAAAUCCAAAUAUUAUUAAGCGUAGUAGCAAGCCGAAAGAUAAUUUCUUACUCAUAAGCAGUUCUCCUCGUUUUGAUGUUUAUGGUAAUGACUUCGGAUGGGGAAAGCCAAUGGCAGUUCGGAGUUCAAAUAAAUUAAAUGGAGUUGUUAGUGUGUUUGCUGGAAUAGAAGAAGGAAGUAUUGAUCUUCAAAUCCGUCUUCCUUUCAAUAUUUUAGAAGCAAUGGAAAAUGACUUUAGUUCAUAA